AUGCGGAAGGGCCGGGAGAAGGAGAGCUGCUUGGUUCAGCUGCCGAACAGCACAGAAAGGAUGGGGCGGGGCACGGACUCCGACGGAGACUACACCACACCCACCCAGAAGUGUGCUCCACCAGCCGAUCCCUGGGGCAUAUUCAAAGCCAGUUCAGCCGUUAGGAGGCUCGUCCACGCUCCAGCGUGCGUCCCGAUCUCCCGCUCGAUACCUGUGCUGCUUCUGCUCUGGGCUGUUGGUGCUGCCACUGUGGGGAGUGUGCAUCACGCUAAGGCUUUGGCGCCUUCCAUCUUCUGGAAGCAAAACUCCCAGAUCAAGGCGAGUUUCAGAGGGAAAGGGAAGGCUGUCCCGAGUACAGCGAUUUCCUUUAUGGUGCCCAACGUUCGCAUUUCCAGGAAGCGUCGCCUCAUCUCCCAGAGAUCGUCCUUGGAGACCCUGGAAGAUAUUGAGGAGAACGCCCCACUCCGAAGAUGUCGAACUCUCUCAGGUUCGCCCAGACCAAAGAAUUUUAAGAAGAUUCAUUUUAUCAAGAACAUGCGGCAGCAUGACACCAGGAACGGCAGAAUAGUCCUUAUCAGCGGCAGAAGAUCCUUGUGCAGUAUAUUUUCCGUGCUGCCGUACCGCGACAGUGCCCAGGCUGGGGACUUGAAGGUGGACGGAGGGAGACAGUCAGCAGGCACCAUGAGCUUGAAGGAGAUCAUUGGUCUGGAGGGCGUGGAGCUGGGAGCUGACGGGAAGACGGUUUCUUACACCCAGUUUCUAUUACCCACAAAUGCCUUCGGAGCCCGGAGAAAUACCAUAGACUCCACCUCCUCCUUCUCCCAGUUCCACAACCUGAGCCACCGCAGCCUCUCCAUCGGCCGGGCCAGCAGCACCCAGGGCAGCCUGGACACAGGUAGUGACCUGGGGGAGUCUGUGGACUAUGACCCCAACCUCCUGGACGACCCUCAGUGGCCUUGUGGCAAGCACAAGCGAGUUCUGAUCUUUCCUUCGUACAUGACCACAGUCAUCGACUAUGUGAAGCCAUCGGAUCUCAAGAAGGACAUGAAUGAGACUUUCAAGGAGAAGUUUCCUCACAUUAAGUUAACACUCAGCAAAAUAAGGAGCCUGAAACGAGAGAUGCGGAAGCUGGCCCAGGAGGACUGUGGCUUCGAGGAGCCCACAGUGGCCAUGGCCUUUGUCUACUUUGAGAAGCUCGCCCUCAAGGGGAAGCUGAACAAGCAGAACCGGAAGCUGUGUGCUGGAGCAUGUAUGCUGUUAGCGGCCAAGAUCGGAAGUGACCUCAAGAAGCACGAAGUCAAGCAUUUAAUUGAUGUGAGUGGCCUGUGUCCUGACGGCUAGACACACAUGGUCCUGGGUCUUGGCAAGACAGUGGGAAAUGGAGAUAAAGAGGCUGGGAAGUCGUCCUCCCUACGCAGAAUGUCAGGUGCCCCAUCUUAGCCACCUUAGAGCAGAGGGGUGAGCCAUGUGAACCACAAGGCCCCAAGAUGUCACAGCAUCGGGGUACAGAAAACAAGACAUGGUCAGUGCGGUGUCCCACGUAUCUCACUGCCUGGCUGUCCCUAAAGGCAGAAAGGAGGCUAAUGUGGGUACCUGCCGUACCAAAACGAGUAUUUUUUUUUUGUACUGGGAUUGAACUCGGGACCUUGCGCUUGCAAGGCAGCCAGCAGAACCACUGAGCUAAGUCUCUGGCCCAUAAAACAAUGAGUGCUCUUUAGGGUUAGUGCUUUUCGGAUUGAGAUGCUGUAACACAUCGUCCAGCUUUACACAGUGGUACACGAAUGUGAGAGGAGGUGGUGGUUGGGUGCAGCCGGAGCUGCAGCUCACUGGACUUGUACAGUUGGUCCCCAUUUGUCGCUUUUGCUUUCCUCUGGCCUCAGUGAUCCGCAGUCAAGCACAGCCCAAAAAUGUUGCGUGGAAAAUUCCAGAAACAAGCAAUUCAUAAGUUUUCAACCGUGUGCCAUUCUGAGUAGCGUGAUGGAAGCUGGUGCUGUCCCACCCGGGACACGAGUCCCCUCUGUCCGGUGUGCCCGCUGCACACACUCCUGACUGCAGGCACGUAGCCAUCUUGCUUCUCAGAUUGGCUCACAUCACCUUUUGUCAUUCCCUCUGUCCACCCCACCACGCAGGCACUGUGUCAUCUGUGUCAUCACAAGAAGGGCGGGACAGACAGACAGACAUUAUGGGACAGACGGUACCCACACACCUGCACUAGAGUACAUGUUACGGCUCUGUUGUGUUACUACUCAUUGUGGUUAAUCUCUUACUGCAUCAAGUUUAUAAAUUCAACUUUAUCAUCUAGGAAGAAACAGUAUAUCUGCAGCAUUUGGUACAGUCUGUGGUUCUGAGCAUCUGCUGGGGCCUUGGAACAUAUGUCCCACGCAUCUUUAGAAACAACAAAUGCUAAUAAAACUUGAAAGUGACAUUAUAGACAUUUAACUGUAGUUAAUUAAUUGACCACACGGCAAAUACUGUUAAUGCAAAACGUAGCAAGCCAAGACCCAGCCCAGGUACUAAGGGCAAUCAGCAACCUCUGUGUUUGUUGGAUUUCUCUCUUUAUAAAACCAAAAGCUGGGCGCAAGCAAUAGCAGGAGAGAUUGAAGUACAAAUGCUCAUCUGGCCCAUUCAGCCCUUCCAAGUGGUGGUCAUGGGCAGUCUGCCAUAGCUGCGGUCUAAGCCUGAAUAACUUAGCCAUCGGGGCAGGUAAGCCGCAUGUCCAGGCUGCAGUUCACCCCACAUUUGACCUUGG